UUUUUUUUUUUUUUUUGGUUCUUUUUUUCGGAGCUGGGGACCGAACCCAGGGCCUUGCGCUUCCUAGGUAAGCGCUCUACCACUGAGCUAAAUCCCCAGCCCCAGAAAUUCUAAAUAUAUGCUUAAAUGCUAACACUUUAAGAAAUAGGGGCUGGGGGCUGGGGAUUUAGCUCAGUGGUAGAGCGCUUACCUAGGAAGCGCAAGGCCCUGGGUUCGGUCCCCAGCUCCGAAAAAAAGAACCAAAAAAAAAAAAAAAAAAAAAAGAAAGAAAGAAAAGAAAUAGGGGCUGGAGAAAAGGCUCUGUAAUUAAGAGCACUAUCUGUUUUUCCAGUGGACCUGAGUUCAAUUUCUAUCACGUGUGUGUGUGUGUGUGUGUGUGUGUGUGUGUGUGUGUGUAUGGGUGACAGUGCCCCUUUAAAAUAUAUAUAUAUGUAUGUAUGUAUGUAUGUAUAUAUAUAUAUAUAUAUAUAUUUUAAGAAGAAGAAGAAGAAGAAAAGGACUAGAGAAAAUGCUCAACAGUUAAGAGCACUGACUGCUUUUCCAGAAGACCCAGGUUCAAUUCCCAGCAUCCACAUGGCAGCUCACAGCUCUCUGUAACUCCAGUUCCAGGGGAUUUGACACCCUCAUAUGGACAUGAAUGCAGGCAAAACAUCAAUACACAUUAGAAAGAAAGAAGAGAGGGCUGGAGAGAUGGCUCAGCGGUUAAGAGCACCCGACUGCUCUUCCAGAGGUCAUGAGUUCAAUUCCCAGCAACCACAUGGUGGCUCACAACCAUCUGUAAAGAGAUCCGGUGCCCUCUUCUGGUGUAUCUGAAGACAAUUACAGUGUACUUAUAUAUAAUAAAUGAAUAAAUCUUAAAAAAAAAAAGAAAGAAGAGAAAAGAAAUAGUUUCUUUAACAAUAACUUGCUUGAAAAAUGUAGUAAUAAAUAUCUAUUUAUUGCAGAGGAGUGAGGCAGGAUUGCCACAAACUUGAGGCUAGCUUUGGCUAUAAAAUCUGCCUCAAAAAAACAAAACAAAACACAAAACAAAAAACAAAAAAACCAAAAAAAAAACAACAAAAAAAAACACAAAAAUGAACGGAAGUAGGGUAAUGUGGGGGCCUCAGUGACCUUCAUGGGUAGCAGAGUGACGAGCUGUUGGGGGCAAGAAGUCAGUUCACUGUAACAUGACUCAGUAGCCAGUGUUGACUCAAACUUCAGAGUCUGACCCCACGUGGUUUAUUUAAGCACAGCACAGUCUGGUGAAAACCAUUCUUGUAAUGACUAUCUGAAUCCUGAGUGCACAACCAGCAUUUCUGAUUCUCUUUGAGGAACAAAGUAAACUAAAUAGAGAUCAGACAGACACAUGUGGUACCUCCCAUAGAGAUAGACUCUGUAGAUUGACUGAGAAAUGGCUUGUGUUCAUGAGAAGGAUCCGGAGGAAGGUCCAGUAGUGGAAAGUCCUUGGCCACAUAAAUCGUGUAAAGGUGACCAGGCUAGAAAGCUCAUCCACUCCAGCCUUCCCAAUGGAAAGCAGGUUUACCUUCCUUCCUUUGAAGGAACAGUCUUCUGUGCUUAACAGUCCAGAUUCCCUGCUGCAUCCAUGAGCACAAGGACCUCCACGCCAACUACAGAGUGAAAAACCGAGGAGCUCACGCUUAUACAGGUUUAAAUUAGUUUAUCAGUGUUUAUAACUCACAAAAAAUGGGUGAGGAACAAGGUAAACAGUAUUUUUUUAAGGUUCCUAUAUUUUUAUACUAAGUAAUCCUUUUUUUUUCUAAGCAUAGUAGCACAUACUAAAUUUCUAGACUAUAAUCCCAAGAUCAGCCACUGAAAAUGUAAUUAAAAGAUAUAUGCCUAGAAAAGCAAGAGGAAUUCAAAAGAGAAAGUUAGAAAAUCAAAAGGCGAUUAUAAUCAACUGCAGGUAAAAGAGCAGGAGCAGACAUAAAAGGGUCUGGAGAACCUUGGCACCACGUGUAGGGAUAGACAGGCCAGUGAGUAGUACCAGGCUCCUGAUGAAGAACUUCAUGGUUCCUGGUAAGGCAUUUGACCUUAAUCCUGGCACUUGUGUCAAACUGAUGAUGGUUGAAAUUGGAGGUUGGAAUGGUAACGUGUAUGUGCGUUUAUGUGUAUCAGGGGGUGGGGGGGGUUGAACCCAGGGCCUUUUGCAAGCUAGGCAAUUACUCCUACCACUUAGCUAUGCCCUCAACCUGGUGAUGUUGCGUUUUAGCAGUUGGCUGUGUGAGAGGAGUUAAAUCAAGUGUGGAAGUAGACUUUGAGCUCUGCAUGUUCACCUGGCUGUUGAGUAUCCUCAAAGGCACUGAUAUUGUCUGUCUCCUCCCUAGAAACUGAGACUUCCAACUUUGCCAAACAGUUCCUACCCUAGAACUAAGUGUACAUACCAGAUUUUUACUUGACCCAUUCAGAACUCCACAUAUUUGAAUCUGUUGACAGUGGUGACCUUGACAUCUAUUAAGAGAAACAGCACAAAAGCAGAAGGGACUAUUUGGAAGGAAGAAGGGUUACCAAUGAGGAACAGGGAGGAUGAAGAAAGCAGUUCAUGACCACCAAGGCAAACCAGAACAAAGUAGAAGGCUAUGUACAAAAGUCUAGCAAAACACUUACCAUGCUAAAUAAAGACCAGUCAUACAAUUUAAAAGAGAGAGAGAACUAGCAUGCUGGUUAUGGUGCGACACCACUACCAGACCAUAAUGUGCCAGCAGUGCUGGUACCAGGCAGGCGAGAAGACACACUGAGACCACCACAGUGUUAUUCCAGGCUCACGGCACAAAGGUUGGUGACAGUGCCCCUGAUGACAUCAUCAAGCUUUCCUGUUUGACCAACCUUCUGAGGAAUGGGAGCAAGUAUUAGUGGUGGUUUCCAUUAGUUCAAACUCAGACUGUUGCUUCUCUAUCCCUUAUUGUCUUAAGGCCUACAUGGAAUGUUAAGCCAUAGGUGAAAUAUUAAGGCCUGUGUAACUGUUACCUGUGUAGCCUGCCAUUUUGUGCUGUUACUACUAAUAUAAUAAGGAACAUCUCUCAUAUACUGUUACUGCUAUUAGGAUGUUCUGUGCUUUGGUGUUCUUGGAAGGCAAUCACAACAGAAGUCAGUUAGAACAGCUUUCUAUAGUUAGCCACAAUAAGCUUGGACCUGAGCCAACUCAUCCAGCAAAUGGUAUUUGCCUUUAUAAGUUGCCCCUGGGAUGGACUGCAACAUAAGUGACACCUGCACCUAUUUAAAAUAGUGGUCAAGUAACGUUUAAGUCCCCAAGACCUCCCUGGGAACUAUUAUCAGAAAGAGACAUUUAAUUGACAUCCUUGUAGACAAUUAAGACAUAAAUGUGUCAAGUCUCCUACCACAGUUGAAUACCCCAACCAGUGGGAGCAGGAAAAGUGUACAACAAGGACAUGUUCCUAAGGAAGUCCUCUAUCCCUAAAUACUGAUUGGUGAAAUAACUUGGCACCAAACUCAUUAUCACAGUUCAGCUCCCAAGUCUGAUUGAUCAGUCCUGGGGCAAAUGCUCAAUAAAUAUCCCUGUCUACUGAGACCAGUGUUCAUAUAGUUUGUGAGGUGACUCCUGGACUCCAACAUUGUUAAGGCUGAUUAUAUCCAGGUGUAGUGGUGCAUGCCUAUAAUCUCUGAAUUCAGGAGGCAGAGUCAAAACUUGGAUCACACUGUGAUCCCUGAGAGUGUAUUAUUUACUAGGGAAAAAUACCUGUUUCUGGUUAUGAUAUGGCUCAACUCUAGCUCGCACCUUUAAUCCAAGAGCUUUUGGUUUAUUGUAAACAAGAUUAAAUAAAGUCAACUCUGGUCAAGCAGCCAGCUGUCAGAGAGUGAACAUAGGAAAAAAAUAGGAAAAAUAAAAGGAAGUCAGGAGGACAGAUAAAAAGAAUAAAAAGAUUCACAAGAAGUAGAAGGGAGGAAUAUUCAGUUUGAGGAUUUUUGAGAGGGCAUGAAGAAGGAGAGCUUUGUUUUGGGACAUCGGUUAUGGAGGAAGGUCAUCUGGAUGCUCUCUCUGCCUCUCUGAGCUAGCAGGCCUCCACCUCAGCAUCUGACUCCCGAGUCUUCAUUGGGAAAAUCAAAUGAUUGAGAUUUUGUUUAAAACAUUUGGCACUCCAAUGCAUGGCACGACCAUAAGGACAAAGAAAUCACACCAGCUGCAGACAAGCUGAAAAGCCAUCAGAUAAGGUAAGUCACCUGGGAAGUCCUCAAGGAGAGAAUUAAGGCUGGGAAAUAAUACAAGGUGCUAGGACCCUGUAUAGUGGACUUUAGAUGCUUAAAAAUAGAGCAGAAAACGGAAUAUAAAUGACUGAACUGAGAUUGACAAAUGCUGAGUAUAAUUACUAUUGUGUGGUCAGCAGCCUACCCUGAAUAGCCCUAGUUUUUAUGUUAAAUAUGAAAAGUGGACUGAUAAAAUUCAAGCCUGAGAAAGUCUUAUAAAUGACAAUAAGAAAAACACUCAUGCACAGACAGAGGAAUCUAGACAAGGACCUACCACAUCGCCACAUUAAAACUAAAGAGGGGUAACCCAAGGUUGUUAAAAACCCAACCUUAGUUUUUCCAGUAACUAUACAAGACCUACCAGGAGACAAUAGGCACCCCCAAAGUUAUGAAGUAGUUAAAUGGAUUCCUAUAGACAAUCAAUUCAAACAAGAUUUAAGGAAGCAGUAGUUUCAUAUGGUAUGCAUCUACCCCAUGUGAGGCAAAUGUUCUAUUCAUGGCCCACUCAGAACAGAACUGGUCCUCAGUUAAAAUGGUGAACAUGGGGGUUGGGGAUUUAGCUCAGUGGUAGAGCGCUUGCCUAGGAAGCAGAAGGCCCUGGGUUCGGUCCCCAGCUCCGGAAAAAAAAAAAAAAAGUGGUGAACAUGGUAAAAAGAGAAAGCUAGGACCACAGAACAACAAAAUAGGGCUAGAGGUACUAAUUUUUCCCAAGACCAGUUGCUCGGUGAAGGUUAACAUGCUGAGUUACAAAGGCAGCUUGAAUUUGAUAACCGCACCCUGACACUAUGUCCUGUGGCAGUUCUAAAUGCUUGAGGCAAGGUUGAAAAGUCAGAAAGAGAUCUGAGUUAUUUAUUAAUAUAUAAGACCCCAAAGAAGCCUGUACUGAGUUUUUAGGAAGACUGACUGCAACUGUCAAUAGAAUGGUAUCAGAUUCAGAGGCCAGGCAAAUAUUAAUUAAAUGUUUUGCUUUUGAAAAUGCUAAUUCGGAAUGCAAAAAGGUGAUUAGACCUUUAAAGGCAAGGUCAGCACCAAUAGAUUAACAGACUAGAAAUAUGGCUGAUAUUGGAUCUCACAUUUAUGAUGCUACUCUGAUAGGAGAAGUAAUUUCUAAAAAUGUUAAGAAACAUCAAAAUGUCAGAUGUCUUAAUUGUGUCUCAAAGGUCAUUUGAAGAGGGAUUGUAGCCAAAGCAUUUCUAGAAACAAUGUUUUUUUCUAGAGCUAAUACAAAAAGAAGGCCCCAGCCUUCUGGAGUAUGCGAAAGAUAUGGCCAAGGCUGGCAUUGGACUAAUGAAUGCAGAUCAACAAGGAAAAGGCAAGGACUUUAUUGACUUAACUAGAGAAACUCGAACAAGGGCAAAAGAUCGGAAUGGACUCUGUGUGAUUGAUCUGACAAGAAGUGAGGAAGAAAAUAGGCCUAUUGCCACUCUCGAUUUGACUUUAGAACCUGUAGCUUCCUCUCAGAAGGAGCCACCCAGUCUUCAGACAUGUACCAAUCUCUCAGGCAAAGAGAUGAUUGAAGCUCAAGGAGACAGAGGCACUCAGCCUGCAGCACAGAGAGUCAUUAACAAUGAUCCUGUAGAUUUGGAUUUGUUGGAGGAAAACAUGUUUGAAGGUUCUCGACCCCCUACAUCCAUCAGCCAGGACUCUGUUUAUCCACCAGAACCAAACUGUAGCUCAAUCACAUAUAAAGGUGACCUCAGCUUCUUGACAAGCCUACAGCUCUCUUCAGAUGUUAGCCCCUUCUCCUCCACAAGCAAUAACAGUAGCAGCAGCAGCAAUCAGAGGACCUCUUUGCCAUGCCCACAGCAAGAUGUGCCUUGCCAAUCACAAGGCUUGCUAUGCUCACUUCAGGCCUUAUCAUACCCAUUAAGAGGUUCACCAUGUCCACCACGAGCUUCCUCAUGUCCACCACAAGCCCUGUCAUGCCCACCACAAGCUUUGUCAUGUCCAUCACAGACUUUGUCAUGCCCAACUCAAGCCUUGUCAUGCCCAUCACAGACUGUGCAGUGCCAGCUCCAAGCAUUGCCUCAACCACCUCAAGAAGUGCCAUGCUCUACCCAAAAUGUACCAUGCCCUCAGCAGAAUAUCCCAAGCACACCUCAAGACUUACCAUGGCAUCCUCGACACCCCCUAUACCCAUCCCAAGACACUUUGGGCCUACCUCAAGAUGUUCCAGGCCGACCUCAAAACGUAUCAUAUCCACAAGACAUGACACAACUACAAGACAUGCCAUGGUCACUGCAAGACAUGCCGCUGUCACUACAAGAUGUGCUACAGUCACUGCAAGAUGUGCCACCAUUGCUGGGAGAUGUGCCACAGUCGCCAGAAGUGAUGCAGUUACCAGGAUAUAUGACACAGUCAUCAAGAAAUGUGAUUCAGUCAUCAGCAGGUGUGAUCCGAUCAUCAGGAGGUGUGAUGCAGCCAUCAGGAUGUAUGAUGCAGCCAUCAGGAGGUGUGACCCAGUCACUAAGAAGUGCAAUACAGUCAUCAGGAGGUGUGAUGCAGUCAUCAGGUGUGACGCAGUCACUAAGAAGUGUGAUGCAGUCGUCAGGAGGUGUGAUGCAGUCAUCAGGUGUGACGCAGUCAUCAGGAGGUGUGACAUGGUCACUAAGAAGUGUGAUGCAGUCAUCAGGAUGUAUGAUGCAGUCCCCAGGAGGUGUGAUGCUGUCAGCAGGAGAUAUGAUGCAAUCAUCUGGUGGUGCGACACGGUCACUAAGAAGUAUGAUGCAGUCAUCAGGAUGUAUGAUGCAGUCCCCAGGAGGUGUGACCCAGUCAUCAGGAAGUGUGAUGCAGUCACUAAGAAAUGUUAUUCAGUCAUCAGGAGGUGUGACACAGUCAUCAGGUGGGGUGAUACAGUCCUCAUCAGGUGUGCCACAAUCAUUAAGAGAUAGGAUGCAGUCACCAGGAAGUGUCUCACAGUCAUCAGGAGAUGUGAUACAAUCACCAAGAGGUGCGUCACCAGCAUCAGGAGAUGUGAUAAAGUCACAAGGAGGUAUGCCACGGUCAUUAAGAGAUAGGAUGCAGUCACCAGGAGGUGUGCCACAGUCAUCAGAAGAUGUAAUACAAUCAGCAGGAGGUGUGUCGCCUGCAUCAGGAGAUGCAAUUCAGUCACCAGGAGGUGUAUCACCUGCCUCAGGAGAUGCAAUGCAGUCAUCAGGAGGUGUGACACCAUCAUUAGGAGAUGUGCCACAGUCAUCAGGAGGUGUGUCACCUGCAUCAGGAGAUGCAAUGCAGUCACCAGGAGGUGUGACCCCAUCAUUAGGAGACGCAAUGCAGUCACCAGGAGGUGUGUCACCAGCAUCAGGAGAUGCGAUGCAGUCACCAGGAGGUGUGUCACCAUCAUUAGGAGAUGUGCCACAGUCACCUGGCAAUAUGUUAGAGUCACUUGGAAAUACACCAAACUUAUCAGGAGAUGUGUCACACGUACCACAAGAGUUAUUGGAUUUGGCAAAAGGCAGGCCCAAAUUGUCCCUGAAUGCUGUGCAAAAUCGCCAUUCUCCUAUGACUAUCUCGGCUCCAUCCUCUCCAAGCUGCUCUGCUAACCCACUGUCUCAACAGUCUGAAUUUUCCUCAGAAAAACGUCCUUGGCUCACAGUCUCAAACAGCUCAGCCAGAGAAGAGAGAUCACUGCCACAGUCUGCCACCCCUGGCUCUGCCCAGAUACAGGGACAAAUAGCACAAGCUGGGGUGUACAAUAGGCCUUGCCUGCAUAGACUGAAGUACUUCCUACGGCCUCCAGUACAUCAUCUCUUCUUCCAGACGUUAAUACCGGAUAAAGACACACGAGAGAGCAAGGGUCAGAAAUUAGAACCCAUCCCUCAUCGAAGACUAAGAAUGGUGACAAACACUAUUGAGGAAAACUUCCCCUUGGGAACUGUGCAGUUUUUAAUGGACUUUGUUUCACCCCAACAUUACCCACCCAGAGAAAUUGUGGCUCACAUCAUCCAGAAAAUCCUGCUGAGCGGCUCUGAGACUGUGGAUGUCCUCAAGGAGGCCUACAUGCUUCUCAUGAAAAUCCAACAGCUGCAUCCAGCCAAUGCCAAGACAGUGGAGUGGGACUGGAAACUGCUCACCUAUGUCAUGGAGGAAGAGGGGCAAACUUUACCUGGACGAGUUCUCUUUCUACGGUACGUGGUGCAGACCCUGGAGGAUGACUUCCAGCAGAUCCUGAGGAGACAGCGGCAGCACCUACAGCAAUCCAUUGCAAACACGGUUCUGUCAUGUGACAAACAGCCCCACAACGUCAGAGAUGUUAUCAAGUGGCUGGUCAAAGCAGUGACUGAAAAUGCAUUAACUCCACCCCAGGACGAGACGCAGACCUCUCCAGGACCAGGAGUCUUGAAAACGAGCAGUGACCAUCUGUCACCCCAGCCUAACCUGGCCAGGAACACCAAUCAACUGAUUGUGUGUCAGCUUCAGAGGAUGCUGUCCAUCGCCGUAGAGGUAGACAGGACUCCAACCUGCAGCUCCAAUAAAAUAGCGGAGAUGAUGUUUGGGUUUGUGCUGGACAUCCCCGAGAGGAGCCAGAGGGAGAUGUUCUUUACUACCAUGGAAAGCCACCUUCUGCGAUGCAAAGUCUUAGAGAUCAUAUUCCUCCACAGCUGUGAGACACCCACCCGUCUCCCCUUGUCUCUGGCCCAGGCCCUCUAUUUUCUGAACAACUCCACAUCCCUGCUCAAGUGUCAGUCAGAUAAAAGCCAGUGGCAGACGUGGGAUGAGCUGGUUGAACAUCUGCAGUUCCUGUUGUCCAGUUAUCAACAUGUGCUGAGAGAGCACUUACGGAGUUCAGUAAUUGAUCGGAAAGACUUAAUCAUCAAACGAAUUAAGCCCAAGCCCCAGCAAGGAGAUGACAUCACAGUGGUGGAUGUGGAGAAGCAGAUUGAGGCCUUCCGUAGCCGCCUGGUCCACAUAUUGGGAGAACCUUUAGUCCCCCAGCUCCAAGACAAAGUGCAUUUGUUGAAGCUGCUGCUCUUCUACGCUGCGGACUUGAACCCCGACACAGAGCCUGCCUCAGAGCGCUGAGGCAGCCAGACUUCUAAGCACUGAGCACCAAGAAUACCUCCUGACUGUCGCCAGCUACUUAGAAGCCCUGAAGUAUGAACGGUAGUUAGGAAUAUCACAGGACCAAACCUAUCUUAUUUAUCUGUAGGUUGUAAUAACUUUAUAACUCUUCAGUAUAUAUCUUUUUUUAUAAUCUUUAUCCUAGCCUAUUCAAAUUUGGCUUAAAUAUACAAGGUGUAUAUAUUUUUUAUUAAAUUAUUUAUCUAUGCUUUUAAAACAGGCAGUGAUAUGCACUAUAUGUCCAACAUUUCCACGCAAGAUGGGAAAGAACCCUUCUGCUGAGCGAUCCAUCAGUGUUACAAUGUCAAGGUACUGACGGCCUGUUUCUGGAAAGACGUUAGCUUUUCCUGAACAGACCACAUUCUAUACUAGACUUUUUACAUUGCCCAUGAAUGUGACUCUGUGGCCAGUUUAUUAAAUCUAAUAUAACAAAGCAGGCAAAGACACAAAAGGAUAAAGUCUCUUAAACAUCUGAUGUCAAUAUGACAAUAAAAAGCUUACAAUGCUCGGGCUCCACUACGGGGCAGGCAGAUGGACAAGAAAGACGUGGGCUUGAGAAAGUAGUAAAGAUUUUUAUUUGUCAAUACAAGAUAACACAAAUAAAUUAAUUUUUACAACAA